AUGGAAGACAAUAUUUUAACAUCUACGCCACUGCGGCCGGUAUCCAGGAUAAGUAUUGGCGGGAGUUCUUCACGAAGGCGAAGUCUUAUACCGCAGAGUCGUGUAAAAGCCGUCCGUGAUCAGGAACGUAAUGAUGACGAUGCCGAGAGGUCAUCUUUGGUUGCUUCAGAGAAGGCUAUCACUUCUUCUCCGCAAGCAUCACCUAGGAGAUUGCGAGAAACAAUGACGUCGUCACCUAUGAAAGAGCACUACCAAGGAUGCCUAAAAUUAUAUGCAGAAAAUAAAAUAAACAAAGAGAAUGCAUGGAAUCUACAAUUGAUAGACUUUAUGACAACAAUGAUGCAUCGUCAUGAUGCCAGGAUGGACAAUUUCCAAACAGCGUCCACCUUAAUUGAUGCAUCUUCUAAAAUUUAUUCGUUUCGAGUAGAUGCCGUCCAUUAUGAUGCUCUCAAAGUUGCAGGAGGAUUAAGCAAAGCAGCUCAGAGUAAAAGAGGUAAAAAGGAUGACGCAGAAGCUAACAUUGAUGGAGAAGUGGAAGAGGGUGCUACGGCAGCACCUAAGAAAAAGAAAAAGAAAUCUAAGGGUGUUAUAGUUGCCAAUCCUGAAACUCUUAAUGGAGAUUUUGAGACCAAUGAUUUUGUUGAUCCAUUUUUUGAAAGACUAGCAGCAAGAAGUGGUGAUGUUACAUCUAUAAACAGAGCAUUUAAUGCUACCUUACCCAUUCAUAAUAGGACGUUAGCAUUGAUGUUAAGAACAGAUUUACCAUUCCUCAAAAAUAACAAAGAACCUUUACCUGCCGUUGAUUGGUCUGAAAGAAUUACAAUUCCCAAAAAGCUGUUUCCUGCAUGGACAGAAAGCAGUCAUAUUUGUGAACCAUUUACUGGAUUUUCUAUUACUAAUUGGGAUCCUGAUACAGAAGACACACAUACGCGCGUGAACGACUGGAUAGAUGACAACAGAUUAAACCUAUCCCAGCAAGCUCUCGCAAUAGAUGUCAAUGCUGAAGUUGAACCAAUACCCAUGGAUGAACCUAACAAUGAUCCAUUUGAAGACGAACCACUCGGUGGUUUAGAAAGCGACGAAGAGGCAGACAUAGCAGUUGCAGCUUGCGUGGCCAAGUUACCACCGGCCCCGCUAGCGAGGCUCACAGACAUGCGGCCAACGCUACCACAACACUCACGACUCGAAUACUCCUAUAACGCCAUACUCACAGCCUGGGCUGGGCCCUCACAUUGGCGGCUUAAGAAUAACAGGGCCUCCAAACCCGAUCGUACCCAUUCAACCGCAGCUCGGCUGACGGUGGAGAACAAAAAAGCACCUCGAACAAAGCGAGUACUAGACUUUAUGGGAGCGGGUCUAAGGUUUGAUUAUCGCGCGGAGCCCACGGGAGAGUUUGAACCUGCCCAGCCGGCCAAAAUAGCAAUUAGUAGAAAAACAUUAGCAACGGGGCAUACAUGGAAUGAAGCUAAUUACAAAACACCGAUUGACAGAGGCUUGGAUGAGACACAUUUCCUGAAGUUAUUCUUGCGGAAUAACGUUAUGAUGGUGCGCAAGCGUGACUUGGAACAAAGAAAGGCGGUGUCUGUGCCCGCGCCGGAACCUUUGACUGUGGACGAGCACAAUGACUACGAUUACAACAACGAAAAUGAUGCAUCAUAUUGUCCCAAUACUAUGCCGGAAGCCGACGAAUGGGGCAACGAGGAAGGUGCGGCGGCUGGUCUGCAUGGCCAGGUUAAUGCUCAAACAGAUGACAAUGAAGAUCUUGGAGAGUUGCUGGAACCACCAACUAAGAUACCGAAAAUAUUUAUACCCUACGCAAUGAGAGCGAAGAAGGUCGAUAUGAAACAACUAAAGCAUUGUACUUGGAAAAUUCUCACUCGAGAAUCUCCUCCCGGGGAAGAGGAACAUGUGUCUGAAACGACAUUCUUCAAGAUCUAUUCGAAACUACCCUCGAAGCUAUCGGCAAAUAUGCGCGAAUCGCUCAGUGUACCGUUAGCGUUAUUAUCAGUGCUGCAUUUAGCAAAUGAAAAAGGACUUGUUUUAGAAAAGAGAGACGAUUUAAAAGAUUUUAAAAUUGUAGGCCUAGAAAAUAAAACAUAA